GCUAAGAAUACAUGAUGACCAUGAGGUUUGUAGAGACGAUAGCGGAUCGGAACCCUGUGGAAAACGCAUGGACAAUGUAACAAACCGGAACCAGCAAUGGUAAGGUUCGCCGAUGCAUGACCCAAUAAUCAACAUCGUGGGCUAGUUUUAAUAGUCCGCUUAACCAGAAUAAACUCACUGUGUGAACGCAAGCCAAUUUUGGACUAAUCUUUUGGACACCCGCGGUGCUCGGAUUAAGGACUAGUUAUAGGAGGUAGGUUGUCAGCCUUGUCAUUCAAUCGCCCCAAACAGGGGUUAAUGCUUCUCGCAGCGGACUCUGCUUGCCUUGAAAAACAGCACAACAGUCCUACAUAAGUCGACCUGUUUUGACCGGUAUAGAAGUAGUCCAACAACGUCACCGUAGUGUCCACUGAGGAGUCCAACCUUGAUGAACUGCUCUUAAAGAUUCCCGAUGGGUUCCGCAAAAGGAAUCGACCCCUCUCAGUCGUUUGUUUUGCCCCGUCUCCAGUCAGCGGGCACGGCAUCCAACUUGGCCCUCAAUGAGCAAAUCAUUCAGAUGAUCGCAAAUGGGAAGAAGGUUUAUCACUUCGCUUUUGGUCAGUCUCCGUUUCCAGUCGCUGAUGGAGCUCGCAAGGCACUGGUUAACCAUGCAUCAAAAAAUGCAUAUCUACCCGUAGCAGGCUUACUUGAACUUCGAGCCCAAAUAUGUGAGUUUCACUCGGAGCUAGACGGACUUCACGAACUGGAUCCCAACUUGGUUGUGGUGGGACCCGGAACCAAACAACUCAUAUUCCUUCUCGUUCAAGUUUUCAACGGAGAUGUAUUUAUUCUAUCACCCACCUGGAUUACGUAUAAACCAAUCACAAAUCUGGCCGGUAAGCACGUGACUGCAAUUAGUUCAUCGAGAGAGGACAGCUGGAAACUCUCAUCAGAUGCGCUGGAAAAGGCACUUUCUUCCAGCAAUUCUUCAAGUCACAAACUGUUGAUAUUCUGUAACCCGGACAAUCCAACUGGCACGUCGUAUACAGCAGAAGAGCUUAUUGCUUUAAGUGUUGUUCUUCGGAAGCACAAAGUGGUCGUAUUGAGUGAUGAGAUUUAUGGCCACACAAAAUACGACGGCGAGUUUCUGAGUCUGGCGAAGUACUAUCCGGAGGGCACCAUACUAUCCAGCGGUUUGUCAAAGUGUUUCAGUGCUGGAGGAUGGAGGUGUGGAUACAACAUCUACCCAAAGGAGUUAUCCGAAAUCUACAAGGCAGUCUGUAGUGCUGCCAGCAACACGCAUUCCUGCGCACCGGCACCCAUGCAGUAUGCAGCCCUUGACCUUUUUAAAUUAUCAGAGAACACAAGGGAAUACAUAAAGGGCUGCAGAUGCAUCAUGGGAGCUGUAGCUAAGAUGUGUCAUCGUGAAUUGGAUGGUGUCGGGGUAAAGGCCAUUCUGCCAGUGGGCGGGUAUUACAUUUUCCCAGACUUUGAGAUCUUGCGUCCAGUCUUCAAGAAGAGAGGUAUAUCUACUAGCCAGCAGAUGUGUGACGCCCUCUUCAGAGAACAAAACGUGGCGGUUAUGCCUGGUGGUCCGGGGUUCCUGAGGCCGGUCAAUGAAUUCACCGUCCGUCUGUGUUUCGUGAAUUUUGACGGAGGGGCCGCCUUAGCAGCAUGGAGGAAGCAGGGGUGUAAGGAGGAAUUGGACCAGCAGUUCCUUGAAGACUAUUGCACUAUGGCUGUACAUGGGAUACAGGCGAUUGUUGAUUGGGUCAAAAAGCUUCAAGCCUCCGGUUAAGUGAGUCAGUGCCGUCACAGUCCUCAGUUGUUGCUCGAAUGAGGGGAACGUUAUUGAAGCAUUGGUUGGAUUCGAACCAUCUUCACACAAACAACCAUGCCAGGAAGUCUUUAGUUGAUGAUAAAGCCUAUCCAACUAAUCAAAGUAUUGGUCUAACUUUGACUGGAACCAGACGAUCAAUCAAUCAGUCAAUUAAUGUUGCAUCAUAUCACGAAGGACGUCUCUCAACAAAUUAGUUGUAAUGCUUUUAAAUUUUUUACAAAUCAUGUAUUCAGCCUACUGGCUUUGAGAACUAUUUUUAUUUUUUUAUAAACCUUUUCAAAUUUCAAAUUAAAAAUAUAUAUAUAUAUUAUUAACCAAACAACGGGCGAUAUAUUAUUCUAUCAGUAAGGAGGAUAUCCUUUUGGUAAUUACUCCAAACAUUAAGACCAUAGCAACUUGGUGCACUAUGUAGCACGGGAGAGCUGUUGAUUUAUAAAAACAUUGCUGGAAACGACCCCCGUUGAAGUGAUAUAUAUUUAGAGAAAGAUGUAUUUUCACGAAAAAAAAGUUCAAACUGUCUCAGGCAUUUGAAAACAUACAAGGAAAUCUAUACAGCAAAGGUGUUUUUCUGAAAUUCUUGUCAUUUUUAUGCACGUAAUCGACAAUGCCUUUGAAAUUACCAAAAGUAUAUUCUGCCUUUUGAAUGAGGUAUGUUAAUGUUUAACCUGUGAACUUGUAUAAUUAUUUUAAUGGGUGAAAAGUUUGUUUCCUACAGUAAACCCUUCUUGUUUGUUUUAAAACCAAACGAAAUCUAUAAAAUUAUUAUAAUGAAAGUAAUAAGUUCCAUAUAGUAUAAACAAAUAAAUAAAAGAUCAUUAAAGUUUUCGUUUUUCAUUUUCA